AGAGAGAGAGAGAGAGAGAGAGAGAGAGAGAGAGAGAGGAGGUGGUUACAGAGGAGGUGCAUAACUCUGGGGAGGUGGAAGAAGCAGUAGUUAACAAUCUCUCAAAGUGCUGGGACAGACGGGAGCUGCCCUUCACUGGGGGGGCUAUCAGGGGGGCGAGAGAAAACAGCUACCUGUGACACUGACCUCCGGCCCAUGUAGAGCGACCCGCCUGGCGGUCAUGGCCACCCUGGAGGGCUGUCUCUGUCGGGGCGCCAGCGCCCGGAACAACAGCAGCAUUCUCUACAACAUCCUGAAGAGCGAUAGCCUUAUGACCUCUGAGGAGCAUCAGCAGCAGCAUUCCCAGCAUCAAACACUUCAACUCCUGCUCCAGAAGACCCCCACCUCAUCCUCCUCCGCUCCCCCAGCCUCGCUGCAGGAGCUCCGGCAGCAGCAGCAGCAGCAGCCUUGCUCCUGCGGCUCGACGCGGCGUCGCGGCGUCCUGCGCUCCCCGCAGGUCACCUGCAAAGCCGCGUCCGCCGUGCUGGUCAAGACGCUGCGCUUCGUGAAAAACGUGCCGUGCUUCCGCGAGCUGCCAGAGGACGACCAGCUGCUGCUCAUCCGGAGCGGCUGGGCGCCCCUGCUCGUGCUGGGACUCGCACAGGACCGCGUGGACUUUGAGACGACGGAAACGGUGGAGCCCAGCAUGCUGCAGCGCAUCCUCACGGGUCUGCCCGAGCGGCAGAGCAACGCUCCGAGCGGCCAGAGCCGGGCGGCCGUCGGGGUGUCCGUGGUGGACAUCGAAGCCAUCAAAGGUUUCCUGAAGAAGUGCUGGAGCGUGGACAUCAGCACGAAGGAGUAUGCGUACCUGAAGGGAGCGGUGCUGUUUAACCCAGAUCUGGAGGGUCUGCGAUGUCUGCAUUACAUCCAGUCGCUGCGUCGAGAGGCGCACCAGGCUCUGAACGAGCACGUCCGGUUGAUCCACCGUGAGGACACGACCCACUUUGCCAAGCUGCUCAUCGCCCUGUCCAUGCUGAGGGCCAUCAGACCCCCCGUUGUAGCUCAGCUCUUCUUCAGGCCCGUCAUAGGGACUGUGAACAUUGAGGAGGUGCUCAUGGAGAUGUUCUACGGGAAGUAGGUCAUAGAGAGGGGCAAUGAAGGCACUCUGAACUGAGGGGGAGGGGAGGAGGACUUUGUGGACUGUGAAGGGACCAAUACUAGCAAGUGUGUGUGUGUGUGUGUGUGUGUGUGUGUGUGUGUGUGUGUGUGUGUGUGUG